CACGAGAAUUGGUUCAAAUAAGUUCAUGUCAAUGACAACAUUCAUGAAAUGUUUAUAUGAACUACAUUUACAAAUUAAGAAUUAUAUAAGAGGAUGAUAUUUAUCAUAAUCAUUGAUAAGCCCACAUAAACAUAAAUAUUUUCAGAGAUAUCUUGUUUGAACCGUUUGUUUCAUAUGUAACGGCUCAAUGACUAAACUGUGACGGUUCAAACUUAUGAAAACAUUGAUCGGGCAACACAAACUAAAAAAAUAUCAAAGUUGAAAAAAGUUAAAUUUGUUAAUAAACUGUAUUAAAACAUAGUUAAAACUACUCAAAACAUAUUUUAAAACCUCAACUAUAUGGGAAGAAAGAAGAAAAAGGCACAAAAGCCAUGGUGUUGGUAUUGUAAUCGUGAAUUUGAUGAUGAGAAGAUUUUAGUUCAACAUCAGAAAGCAAAACAUUUCAAAUGUCAUAUUUGUCACAAAAAGCUUUAUACUGCUCCAGGACUAUCAAUUCAUUGUAUGCAAGUUCAUAAAGAGGCAGUUGACAAAGUUCCAAACUCCCUUCCAAAUCGUAGCAAUAUUGAAAUUGAAAUUUAUGGAAUGGAGGGAAUACCAGCACAAGACUUAAAAGAUCAUGAAAAACAGAAAAAUGGAAACAAAUCAGAGUCAGAUGAUGAUGAGCCUUCUACAAAGAAAUUAAAGAUUGAACCGACAGUAGCAGGUGCAGCAGCCGCUUUACCUUCACAAAUGAUGAUGCCAAACAUGGUUCAUCCAAAUAUGGCUCAGUUUCCAAUGAUGAUGCAACCUGGUUUUCCGAUGAUGUCUGGAAUUCCCAUGAUGGGGCAAAUACCUCAUAUGAUUGGCCACAGGCCGCUAUUUCCUUCAGCAGUGGCAACAUCUGCUGCACAACAAAAACCUACCUUCCCUGCGUACAGUAAUGCCACAAUUAGUGCACCUCCAACUGUUCAAACAUCUACCACAAGCACUCAUGUAAGCGACACACAAAAGCCUCCAACAAUUCCUCAAACAUCUGGAACCGCGACAAAAAUUAUUCAUCCUCCCGAAGACAUAAGUUUAGAAGAAAUGAGAGCCAGAAAAUCGCAAUAUAAAACUUACAAAGUAUCAGCUUCAUCACCUCAUUCAUCAUUGUCAAACACAUCUACGAGCAAUAAUUCAAACAAUAAUAAAUACAAUGAAUCGAAGAUGGUGCAGGCUGCACAAGAGCAUGCCGCUGUUUUGGCACAAGCCAAUCAACAAAAGCAAUUUGAAGAAAUUAAUCGUGCUGCAAUUUUAAGUAGAAUACAAGCUGCUCGUCCUGUUCAGCAGAUGGGAAUGAUUCCUGGGCUAAGAGGACAACUUCUUCUUCCUCAUAUGAUGCAACAAGCACAUCCAAUGAUGCCUCAAGCUUUACUUGGACAACAAAUGAUGCGACAGCAGAUUGCACUUCCACCAGGUUUCAUUGGACAAGUUCCGGGUGGAAUUCAAAUGAUGCCAGGAGUGAUGCCACCACAAAUGCAGAUGAUGUUUCCUGCUACAAAUCCAAUGCUCUCGAUGAUGCCUCCACGUUUCCGGUGAUUCAAUCUUCCAUCAUGCAUUGUACCAUCGCCUUUCGAUCUACCCGUAAUUAAAAACCAAAUGAAUUUUUUCUUUUAAUAAUUGUAUUGCAAUGAGAAAACUAGAAAAGUAGAUUUUCGAGGCGGUUUCGAAAUGUCUCCAUUACUCCACAGAUAGCGCUAAAUGUUUACCGAUCUCCAUAAAUGAAAUUUUAAAGAAAUUUUCUCGUCACAUGCAAAAGUAAAGUACGUAUCAGAUAGAUUAAAGUGGGAAACAAGAUAUUAGACAAUUUAAAAAUUAUUUCAUUAAAUUUUCUUCCACGGAAAACUGAAUUAUUGUGAUUUUAUUAUUUGCCAGAUUUUCCAAGUUUUUUAAUUUUCUUUCUCAAUUCUGGAUAUGUUGUUGUAAAAAUAUUGAUCUUGCGACAACUCAUAAACAUCUUUUACUUACAUCUAUUUACUUCCUCGCCACAAAAAGUAUAUCUAUAAUCACGACAUUAAUAACUUUUUAAAGAAUGCUUUUUAAAUAAUUUUCCUUUGCGAUUUCUCAUCAUAAACUUUAACUUAAUUCAAAUCAAAAAUGAUUAAAAAUAUUUCAUAUUAUAGAAGGAUUUUAACUAGCUUUACCAUCUUUAACUGUUUUCACAUGUUCGUCAUUGAGAAUUUCUCGGUCCAUGUCCCUUUCUAAUAAUAAAAUGGCAAAUUCACAAAAGUAUUCUCGAAUAAUAAUCUUCAAUUCAUUUUUCAUUCGACUUAUAAACGUUUCAAUUAUAGAUUUGGUGAAAAUUCUACUUAAUAUCGACAUUUCUUGCACUUAAUUAAUUUUACUACACACAGUAGAAUUGACUCAAAAAGCAAUGUCGAAUCUGAUUUUAUUGUGGCUUAUUUUUUAAUUCUUUUGUCCAUCUUGUCUUGAUAACAAAUUAAAUUAAUUCGAAAAGGAGAAAUGUCACGUUUAAAGCAAAUAGUAUGCGACGUAAUAUUAUAUAAACCGUUUUUAACUCGAUCGUAUUAAAAUGUACGAGAAAUUAUAUAAAUAGAAAAUUAUGUAUAUCUGAAUAUGUAUUAAGAAAGUUUCCUUGCUGUAUUUAGUUGACAUCCUUAAUAGUUUGCACUUCUCUUAAAUAUGCUGGCUAAAGUUGAAAAUUCUUUUCUUUUUUUAUAGAAUGUUUUCUUUUGUAAUAUACAUAAAUAUUUAGUACAGGGACAAAUAUUUUAAUUAUAAGUAACGAAGGAAAUCGACAGAGUUUAAGACAGGUGAUCAUAAAUGCAACAUAACAAAGAAUUGACAUUCUUGCAGAAAUUGUUUUGCAUCUUACAUCGCAAAUCAAAAUUAAGUCGAAAACUUUUGCAUAUUUUAUGCCCAGAUUUUAAAAAAUGCUUUUUGGAAUAAAAUGCCUUCAAAUGUUUGAAUUUAAAUGGAGAUGGGUGAUAAAUUUUUUUAUCUUGCAAUUGAAUUUAUUUCUUCUCAUAAUCUACUUAAUUAACAACAUUACUUAUUGAUAAGAUCACAAAAUGAUUCUCAUAUUUCUAUGAUCACUUCAAUUAUCUAAUUGAAAAUGCAAUGAUGUCAAUUAUGACUGUUCGCAAUUGUGGUCGCAAAAUUAAUGUUGGAUUAAAAUUAUUUUAGGCAAAGGGUUUAACAGAUGCAAGAUUAUUGAAAAACUUUUUUUUUGACAAUUUUAAUCCCUUGUUGUAGUUGAAGCGAUAAGCAUCAGCACAACAGGCGACAAAUUAUGUGGAAUGCUUCUGAUAGUUGAUAAAGUGCAUGUUAAAAGCAGCUAUGUAUUUAUCUUUCAUGAUUAAUAUUCUUUAUAUUAUUUAGUGAGAGGACAUUCCAUCGCACAAAAAUUUGUCACAUUAAUUUUGUUGAGUGAAUCGAUCCCUUGUCGAUUCUGGCAAGUGAUGGCGAAAGUGCUAUCACAGCGUAGUUUUUCAUGAAAGUUUAUCGUACGAUUGAAAUCUUGAUGAACUUGCAUGAGAAACGGAGAAGUUGUUGAUGUCGGUUCACUUCCUGUCAAUAAUAUCAAAUUCUGCUACAGAUUUUAAAGCAGAACCGUCUUUUUAACUGAUUGUUUUACAAUCUUUGGUUUAAUAUGGUUUCUUAUAAAUUUGGAGUGAAACUUAUUUUCUCAUUAUUCUUAUACGACGCAACGAAGCAGAUAAGUAAUCAAUUUUCUUUUAUCUCUAAUUGUUUAUAAGUAUAAAUUCUAUGACUAAUGAUACACAAAAAAAAGAACUUAUAGGAUUUAUGUAUCGUACAUAGACUUGCCGCAUAAAUUAUUAACGGAAAGCAAAACCUUGUAAAUUCAAUUUCUUAAUAAAGCAAGUUUAUAGAACAUAAAAAA